AUGAGAGAAGAAGAAGUGUUGAAAAAAGCGACGAUAUUGUACGGAUCAAAUUGUUUGCAACCAAAAAGUACCGUUGACUGUAUAAACUCACCUCCGAUGCGAAGACUACGAAUCAUAAGAGCACAAUAUGGUCGUUUCUUCAGGCAGAACUGUAGAAGCGGUGAUUUUGCAUUAUUAGAAUUGGAGCACGCAAUUGAUGAGAAUGAAGCUAAUUAUAUAUGUUUGGCCAGUAGAAUCGCUCUUCCGAAAAUAUUCUACGUGAUCGAAACGAAUGGAUGGGGCGCUAAUCGUUCGUAUAUUUUAAUUCACAGUCACUACGUCAGUGACAAGUUCACGUGAAC